AUGAAUGUAUUCAAAAAUGUCAAUCGAUUACAUUUUCCUUGUCUCAAAUCUCUAACACUCUGUCGUUUAUAUAUUUCAAAUGAUAUUCUUAAUUUAAUUAAUUUUCAUGCUCUUCAUCUUGAAUAUUUGAAUAUGACUUUGUUCAUAUCAAGUAAAUGGACUUUACUUCUUAAAUUAAUUUUAUCAUUACCAAAAUUACAUACAUGUUAUCUAAAUCUUGGUAUUAGUUUAUGUCCUAUUAAAUCAUCAAUUUUAUCAACAAGUCCUAUAAAACAUUUGACUUUACUUGGUUCACAUCAAUCUUGUUGUAUGAACAGACUUGGUAUUCUUUUUUAUUAUCUUCCUUAUUUACAUUCAUUACGUAUUGAAUGUGAUCGAUUGAAAUUUAAUGAAAUCAUUCAGAAUCAAUAUCCUAACAAAUUAUUAUCUCUUUCGAUAUUUUCUCUUCAAAUUAAUCAUCUACCAGAAUUAUUUAUUGAUCUAAUUGAUUUUAUAACAACGACAAUGCCUCAUAUAGAAAAAUUAAAAAUCAAAUGUUGUACUCCAUUAAAAAAUCUUGUCUAUGUUAAUAUUUAUCAAUGGAUAAAAGCAAUUAAUUUAUUAAUUCAUUUAAAAAAAUUAAUAUUAAUUAUUAUACCUGAAAAAACAAUUAAAGAAAAAUCUUGGAAUAGACGAAUUGAACAAUUAAUGCAAUUUACUAAUAUGAGACAUAUUACCUUAGAAAUUAUUCCAUUGACAGAACAUAAAAAAUAG